AUGGCGCAACCUCAAAUCACCGACACUGAGAUCCUGACGGAGCAUCUCGGAUAUGCGCCCGUCUCCCUCCUCGACAGCAUCAUCAACGUUGUCAACUCCCUCGCCGACCGCACCCUCGAUCGCGUUGAGCAAGGCCUCACCGGUGCCAGCGCCAAGACGCUCGGUUUCGAAAAGGCCCUCAAGAAGCAGCAGCAGCAGCAACCAAAACAGAACCCCUCCGCCGACCCGCCCCGCACCGCAGACGAGGCCGCCAAGUUCGAGGUCGCCGACGGCGUCCACAAGCUCGAGACCCUCCUCUGCAACGCCAUUGACAAGAACUUUGACAUCUUCGAGCUCUACGUCAUGCGCUACCUCAUCUGCCUCAGCCCCGACGCCCGCCCCUGGCUGCGCCUGUCGCACUAUGGCCCCCACGACUUUGACGCCCCCGCCCGCGACGGCGCGCCCACCCCCGAGAGCGGCAACGCCGUGCGCCGCAGCCUGCAGGGCAGCCAGCGCCUCAACGUCAUGCUGCGCGCCGAGAAGGCCCGCAACGCCGCCCUGCUGGCCAAGCUGCGCGCCGCCGUCGCUGGGGCGGCGCCGACCGGCGGCCGACCGGCGAGGGCCGCGCUCGGCGACUGCGAGCACGCCGUCAAGGCCGAGGAGGGCGCCGGCGCGCCGUUUGGUUUCCUGCACGCCAAGGGGGGUCUCCAGGACGCCGAUGCCCGGACGCCCAUCUCGACGACGACGGCCUUUACGCUGUCGCAACUGCAAGCCCUGCGCGCGCUGUCGACGUCUCUGACCAAUCUCAUGCCCGACCUGGCCGGUCAGGGGGACGAGGACGGGAACGACGACAGGAGGAAGGGCUGGCGGCGCGAGCGGGUCGAGUACGUGGAGGUGGCUACGAGGAAGCACCUCGAGAAUGUGCGUGGGCUCGAGCUCGGCAAGAACGGCGAGGUUCGCGAUGGCGAAUGGCAGGGCGAGGGCAAGAAGUUCGCCAAGGGGGAGGUCGAGGGCCUCGAGAAUAUGGCCGCUGCGCUUGGUGGCGGCAGCGGCGAGGCGUCUUCAAGAAACGAGGACGAGAUGGACGAGUCUUGA